AUGUCAUACUUAAAUAAUCCAGCAGUUGUCAUGGACAAUGGUACCGGUUUAACCAAAUUAGGGUUUGCCGGUAAUGAUUCACCAUCUUGGGUUUUCCCUACAGCAAUUGCUACCUCCAGUGGUAAUGGCAACAGUGGGUCUACAAUGUUAAAAAAAACCUCUGUGAUGGAUAAUGAAGGCGCGGUUUCCAAUAAUGGACCACAAAGCAUAAAGGCUUAUUUAACUCCAAAUUCUACAUCCGCUACGAGCUUUAAUAACCUAAGUUCCAACGCUUUACUAUCCAAUAAUUUGGCUGGGAAAAGAGGCACAGAAGAUUUAGAUUUUUACAUUGGUAACGAAGCCUUGAUAGCAUCACAAGGCGCAGGAUAUUCGUUAAGUUACCCAAUUAGACAUGGUCAAGUGGACAAUUGGGAUCAUAUGGAAAGAUUUUGGGAAAACUCUAUUUUUAAAUAUCUAAGAACUGAACCUGAAGAUCAUUGCUUUUUAUUAACUGAGCCACCUUUAAAUCCACCUGAAAAUAGGGAGCAAGUUGCAGAAAUUUUUUUUGAAAGUUUUAAUUGUGCUGGUCUGUAUAUUGCUGUUCAGGCAGUUUUAGCCCUAGCUGCUUCUUGGACGUCUCCCAAAGUUACUGAUAGGUCAUUGACGGGUACUGUUAUUGAUUCUGGUGACGGCGUCACACACGUCAUUCCAGUGGCUGAGGGUUAUGUUAUUGGUUCUGCCAUUAAGAAUAUUCCGAUUGCUGGUAGGGAUAUCACAUUGUUUAUCCAACAGUUAUUAAGAGAGCGUGGGGAAGCCGAUACUUCGUUGAAAACAGCUGAAAGAAUUAAGCAAGAAUAUUGUUAUGUUUGUCCAGAUAUUGUUAAAGAAUUUAACAAAUUUGACAGGGAUUCCAGCAAAUUUGCUCAAUUUGUUGUUGAAAACCAAGAAAAAACACAGAAAAAGAUAAUCGAUGUUGGUUAUGAAAGAUUUUUGGCUCCUGAAAUUUUCUUUAAUCCUGAAAUCGCAUCAUCUGACUUUUUGAUUCCAUUACCUAACCUAGUUGAUCAAACAAUACAAGCUUGUCCAAUCGAUGUUCGGAAGGGGUUGUAUCGUAAUAUUGUUUUAAGUGGUGGCUCAACAAUGUUUAAAGAUUAUGGUCGUCGUUUGCAAAGGGAUUUAAAAAGUUUGGUUAAUGCUAGAAUUCAACAAAGCGAACUUUUAAGUGGGACUAAAUCCACCGGUGUAGAUGUGGAAGUUAUUUCUCAUAGAAGACAAAGAAAUGCUGUAUGGUUUGGCGGGUCUUUAUUGGCACAAACUGCAGAGUUUAAGAGUCAUUGUCAUACUAAAAAAGAUUAUGAUGAAUAUGGCCCAGCCAUUGUCAGGAACUUUAGUUUAUUUAAUAUGGUUUGA